AUGGCUGAUAAUAUAUGCAGUAACGACUCCGUUACCGAAGCAGAAAGGCUACGGGAAGAGGAGCUAGCCAGGGAGUUGGAACAUAGUGAUUCAAAUGAAGGAGACACUCAGGACAUAUCUUUAGAAAUAGAGGAAAACUUGCUAAGAGAUGAACCGGAAUAUGCCACACUUACUAAUUAUGGAGAAAGCACAAGUCUUCAAAGUCAACACAUUGAAACUUAUUCUGAUGACCUCUUCAAAGAUAAAGAUGUUGAUUUGCCUAUCUACAGAGAACAAUCUACUGAUUUACUUACAUCGCAAACAGACACAUUUGUAGAUGAUAAUGAUAAAUAUGAAUCAUAUAUUAAUGAUUAUAGUUUUAGUAAUAAUCAAUCAAUGGAUGAGUGUAACAUUGAAAGUAUAAUUGACCAAAGUACUUCAGAAGCGAAGGAAAGUAUAGAGCAAUUAAACACAAAUGAUAUUCAAUUAAAUAGUGAGAAUGAAUAUCAAACAGAUGAAAUGUUAAGCGAAAGAGAAAGGGAGAAAAAGAGUAAAAAAGAACUAGAGGAAGAGGAAAGAGAAAAAAUGCAGGUGCUGGUGUCCAAUUUUACUGAAGAGCAGUUAAAUAGAUAUGAGAUGUAUAGACGAGCAGCCUUUCCCAAAGCAGCUGUAAAAAGGUUGAUGCAGACAAUAACUGGUACAUCUGUGGGUCAGAAUGUGGUGAUAGCUAUGUCUGGUAUUGCUAAAGUAUUUGUUGGGGAAGUUGUAGAAGAAGCUUUGGAUGUAUUAGAAAGCUCUGGAGAGUCAGGGCCCUUGCAACCAAAACAUCUUCGGGAGGCUCUAAGAAGGUUGCGAGUGAGAGGUGCAAUACCUCCAAGAAAGGCAUACAAACAUAUGUUAAGACUCUAA